AUGGUGCCUAAGCUGAGUGGUAGGCUGGAUAUACCUCUCACAAUCAAGGGAGUAGAAAUUAAGCCUAUAAACUCAAUCAAAUAUCUAGGGGUUUAUCUGGAUACCCAUCUCACUAGGGAAGUGCACGUACAGGAGAUGAGAAAGAAGGCUGCAAAACUAGUAGCGGGAAUAAGCUUAAUUGCAGGAUCGACAUGGGGAACGCCCCUGUAUAUACGAGGUGGAAGAGGGUUCACCAGUGCGCAGCGAGCUACAGAGCAAGCCAUCCAAUCAAUCCAGGAUCAGGCUCUUCACCAGAUAUCCAGCGCAUUCAAACGUACGUCACGACAGGCCCUAGAGAUCUGUCUCCAUGUAUCACCUGUAGAGCUCACGCUUGCAAAGCUGGCUGAGGAGGCCUGCCUGCGGAUCAUGACCUCACCACUUCGAUCUACGCUUUACCAAAUACGUGGCCAAGCCCACCGUAACGACCCAUACAUGUCACCACUUCAUCAAUUGGAAACAGCCAUCAACCGCAAACUGGGACUGCUACCGUGGUGGGAGCCACCAGAAGCAAGGAUUAACGAUACCCGUGAGAAGGCUAUCAAGGCUAUUGAAGCAAUCUCAGGAACAGAUACAACAAUACAGUUCUUUACCGAUGGGAGCAGCUUUGACAAUGGGAUUAGAGCAGCGGUCUACUCAUCAAUAGGACAGGCUUAUAAGCCAGUAGGCUCAUCUAACACACAUACUGUUUAUGCAGGGGAACUGGGGGGCGGAUAG